UCGCUGACGCGAAUGCUUGCGAGAAAGGAACAGUCGCCCGUUCAUAUUUCCUGUGCGUUGCGCUAGUUUGCGAAAUACCGACGAGAGGCGCGAACUGCCGCUUCUGUUAUCGUGCGAACCUCACGAGCGUGUGAAACAUUAUUUCUUCGUCGUUUCAUGAUAUCCUUGCACCGGCGAACACCUGCGUAUAUUGGGUCACCAUGUCGGGUAGCCCGUACCCUCAGCAGCCACCCCACUUUCUUCAACCUGCUGCUAUACCGCUUCCCUAUGAACCCCCAGCGAGCCCGGCAAAUUCAAGCGCACCUUCGGCCCCGUCUUACCCACUGAAUCCUGGGUUUAUGCCAGCACCUUUGCCACUACCCGGAAUUCAAAAUCCUGGGACCAUGCCGCUGCCAUCACAGCUUCCUGGCCCACAGCCACAGCAGCCCUACAUAGGAUUUGUACCACAAGGCCAGUUUCCAGCACCACCGCCUCCAUAUCCAGGACCAGGACAAGCAGACUUAGGCAAGCCACCAUCUGCGAUGAGUUCACCUGUUGGCACUAUGGGCAGAGACACUGAGCCGGCGCUUGAGCCCUGGAGUGGCUUCUCCAACAAAGAGAUCAGGCGCGUCUUUGUUCGAAAGGUGUAUGCUAUCCUCAUGAUCCAACUGGCCAUCACAUUUGGUGCUGUGGCUUUGUUCAUAUAUGAACCUCAUGUCAAAUUAUUUGUGCAACGAAAUAUGGGAGCAUACAUUGGUGCCUAUGUGGCAUUCAUUGUUCUUUACAUAAUGCUAGUCUGCUGUGAGAGCCUGAGGAGGUCGUACCCUACAAAUAUAAUCCUGCUGUUUCUCUUUACGCUUGUGAUGUCCUACAUGGUUGGUGCAAUAUCGAGUUUCCAUGAUACCGACACCGUGCUCAUGGCUGCCGGAAUCUGUGCAGCUUGCUGCCUGGCUGUCUCUAUUUUCUCCUGCCAUACAAAGUUUGACUUCACCAGCUGUGCUGGCUUCCUGUUCAUUGCUGUUUGGGCCCUGUUUUUGUUUGGCAUUCUCACAAUCUUCACCUACAACAGGAUCAUAAACACGGUGUAUGCUGCUCUUGGGGCUAUCCUCUUCAUGGCAUUCCUGGCUUUUGACACCCAGAUGCUCAUGGGCGGCCGCAAAAUGGAACUGAGCCCUGAGGAGCACAUCUUUGCUGCAUUGCAGCUGUACAUGGACAUCGUGCAAAUUUUCUUGUUCCUGUUGAGAUUGCUCAGAAAGCGCUAAGCCUUGGGGGGGUUUAGCGGCAACUUCCAUGUCCUUGCAGAACUACAUUACUUUAGUAGAAAACCGACUUUGCCAUUAUUUGAUGUGAGCAAUUAUUCAACAGGAGUGGCUUCCUUAGCCUUUCACAGAGUGGCAUUGCGAAAGCAGUUUUCCUCUCUGUCGGAUGCCAAAGCGCCAGGAUGCGCAACUAGACCAUUCACAAAUCUGCGAUUUCAGAGAGGACGACUGCAUGCUAUGAACAUCAUCUUUGCUGUGCAACAGCAACGAAACACACCAUCAAAAGAAGACAGGCUGGGGUUUUCCAAGUUGGACCGUGUAAGCAAGGCAAUGGUUUCUUGCAAACAUUGUCGUCCUGUUUUGGUGCCCAGGUCAGCAGACCUCUCGGCAAAAAAAACCUUCUGAAUGACAGCCACAGAGCUAUUAUUAUAUUAUUAAGUAAAAACAUCUAUGCCCUAGGCACCUCGAUGUAAAUGGCCACAAAUGCUCUCUGUUCACCUGCUUCAAGCAUUUCCGUACAGUAAGUACAGCAGAACAAAUGUUACGUAUUAUGUCUGCCAUGUUCCCUAAGGAUACUAGUCAAUGCUAAAGCAGAGUAAUAGUUUGUCCUGGCCCUGCACGAAGUCGUUGUUUUGUAGUUGUUCGUAACCUAUUACUGUGAUUACUGUAUAUAUUUUCUCAAACUGAAUUAGGCCAGCAAUGGAGCAUUACCCUUUGUCUGCUACAUUCUGCUGUUGCGACUAAUAUUUUGGCACUUGGUUAGCGCUAGCAUCAACUUUUGGAUUGUAGUAUGUCAGAGGGCAUUGGAUAUCACUUUUUCGUACCUUCAGUUUGUAAUGUUUUGAACUCAAUCUGGUAAAUUGUGGGACGCUGCUCUGUGUAUUAAAUCUCUCUGAUUUAACUGAGAAAGUAAGGGACGCUAUUCUCAUCUUUUUGACCUGCUUGCCAUUCUUAAUGUUGUCAAGGGGCCAUACAGGAGAUAUUAUAAAAGGAAGGUUACUAAACCGUUUCUUGCUAGUUUGAAAACUAGUGUAAUGUGUAAAAUACAUGUGGUCACAAAUAAAAUGCAGCUUUGUUGUGGUAGUGGACUGCUAUUGUCUUGGAACAGUCACUUAAUCCCGAUUGUGUGAACACUAGAGUGUGCAAUCCACGUGUCAUUGAAACCUCUACUUCUGUGAAUACGUAUACACACUUAUAAAUUAAAUUUAAAACAAAAAAAGAAUAGCUUGCCAAAGUCAACACACUCAUUGUAUGUAGGUACGUAGUUUCAGCAUUCUACGCAAAUGGCAAGCCAUAGAAGGCCACACAAGGUCUGUACCAAGGUUGUUUAUUUUUUCUUGCUAGUCUUCUAAGCGCGACAUAAACCACUUCGCAAUCACCCAAUCAAAAACAUGCUAUAGUUGUAACAAACCACAUGUAAAUUGCUCGAAUUUUAUUGAAAUCCAGAAAUGGUGUCAGAGAUUUGGGUUUGUUCCUAUUGAGCAGUUCUGUAUGUACUGCAAAUUCACUUAUCAAAUCAGUUUGUGAAUGUUGGUUUUUUGUUGUCACUGUGUUUCGUCAGCUGUGUGCAUUUGUAGAAAUGUGAUGGUAUUGAAGAAAAACAAAAGAUGAAAGCCUUGCUUGCACUGGGUCAAAGCUAUAAGAGUAAAGGCAAGCAUGCAGGCAGAUUGGCUGGUAGAUAGCAGUUGGUCUGGACCAAGUGUUUUGUAUUGGUAGUGCUUAUCUUUGUGUAAUUUUUUGUGUGUGAUAUGUUAUAAUAAACACUGUGUACUCUGUUUA